CACAAACCAUAGGCUUAUCCUACAAAAGCCAUUUCCGCAUACUGGGAUUUAUUAAAUUAGUAAAAUUAUCCUUGCCACAGAACAAGAAUUGAUAAAUUACUGAAAGCCUGCUUAUUGUUUAAGAUUUCUUUUGAUAUGUUUUCUUCUAUUUCAAAACUGAUUGGUGGCUAUGAAGACAACACCAAACCAGACUUUGCGCUUGGCAUUAAGGACAAGAAAAAAAAGUACAUUUUUUUGUGUUGAGAUAAAGCGUCCAGAUUGUGAGAGUAAAUAUCAAAGCGAGGACAAUGUCACGAAAUGGAUGAAGACUAUGAAACACUCUAUCGAUAAUCAAAUCGAUUUAAAGAUCCCUCAAGUCUGUAUUAUAUGGGCUCCUUGUUUAAGUAAUAUAGGAUUUAAGGCUUCCAUGUAUAAGACGAAGCUGGUUGAAGAAGGCAUUUAUAUGCCAACAAUGAUCAGGAAGUUCGACUUUCCUUGUGAUCAUACCAAUUUCAUUGGUAUUCCUAGGCCAGUUGAAUGCCUGUACCUUGUCAAGGUAAAUAUAUCAUACAUGUACACUUUAUUUGAAAGAAUAGGUACUAGCUACCUCUCUUUGCUGUUGUGUUAUUAGCAAGAGCUUGGCAGUUUAAGAGAAAAGAUUGAAAAAAGUGAAGAAAGAACAUAAGCUCACAAAACCUUCUUUCAUCUUUAAAUUCGAUUUCUAGACUUCUUUCCCUUUCUUUAUUUAUUCAAUGUUCUUGUAAAUAUAUCUCUGUU